AUGGCUUUCUGCAUCGUCAAUAAUUCAUUCACUAAAAUAUGUCCGAGGUCCAACUGUCUAACGGACGUAUACAGGGAAUGGUUAGCUAAAGGCGUCAAGGAAGGAUUCAUCAAACAAUAUACUGAAGAGGACCUUUUGGAUCGUACACUUCUUGGUCACGGUGGAUAUG